UACAGCAUCUUCAAAACAGAAUCUAGCCUUCAAACAUAAUUCUUCUUGUGGGUAUCUGAAUAUUUUACACCAACAUCAUGCAGCUCUGCUGGAAAUUAGCUCUGGUGAUGCUGGUUCUUGUGUGUGUUACUGCACAGCAACACAACUAUCGUCGUCCCACUCGUGUUGGAGUGAGCUGCUGUAAGGAAGUAUCAAAAGGAAGAAUCCCUGCUUCAAUUAAACUGAUGGGAUACAAGCAUCAGAAUGCUCUGAGUCCAUGUGUGGAAGCUAUAAUAUUCUACACAGAGAAGGAAAAGUUAUGUUCAGAUCCAAAAGCGCCCUGGAUUAAAAACCGUCUGAAUGGUCUGCAGAAGAUAGUGGACUGAGAAAAUGGAGGCCUAGAGGAUGCUGCAAAUCUAUCUAUAUAUGUAAUCAAUCU